AUAUGACAAAUACUGUAUUUUGGUUAAAUAUACAUAAAAUCUUCAUAAAAUAAUAAGAUUUAUUAAGUAAUGUCAUAUGUGUAAAUUAAAUUAUAAAUUGUAUUGUUAAAACAAUAUCACAUUUUUGUCUGUGUAAUGAUUAUAUUGACUAACAUUUCAGUCAUUGUUUAAGCGUUACUUAUGGUUUAAAAACGCAUAUUUUAAAGAAAAACAAACCACUUUUAACAUGAUGAAAAAGUUAACAGGCUCCUUCAGGUAUACCCAAUGGGACCCCUGGUUGAUAAUAUUUCAGAUAGUGUCCAUGCAGUGUGUGUUGUACUGUACAAUAGGACUUAUAUUGGCUUUAUUAGGUAGUUUGCUUGGAGAACCUAAGACACUGGAUAACAUAUUUCAAUAUCACGAAAUUCAAGUUCGUGAUGCUGGAGGUAUAAUUGUGAUCUGCAGUUUUGUUAUUAAUGCUGGUAUUGGAUCCAUAGUGAUGUGGUACAUAGUAGAAAGAACAAAACAGUGUAUGGACUUCAGCUGCACCUGGCACUUGAUCCAUCUCGUGGUGUGCUGGAUGUACAAUGAACAGUUUCCCACAAGCUUCUCCUGGUGGGCUUUAAAUGUAGCUUGUGCGACAGUGAUGUGUGUCUGUGGGGAAGUGCUGUGUCUAAGGACAGAAUUGGCUGCUAUACCUCUAUCGCUAGGACCAAAGACUGACCUUUAGGAUUACUAACCAAAGUUGUGAUAAACAUCUCAUUUUUAGGUAAUAAGUUGUGAUAAAAAUAAAUGUACUAUCAAGUUUUCUA